AGCUCUCGUCUUCCUCCCCCCUCCCUCUCCGCGAUAAUUAUUGUAUUUGGCCUCGCGCCACAUUCUCGCUACACCCCGGAGAGAAGAAAAUCCUCGACUUCUGCAGAUGAAAUGCAAGGAGGCUUCAUCAUCCACACAUGACACACGCCGAGAGGAUGCAGCCUGUGUGACCUGCUCUGCUGAUGACAAUAAUGACCUCCCCCUCCUCCGUCCCCAACCUACCGAGUUGACCUCACCCUAUAAACUGACACAAGGCGAUUCUUGUCACAAUGCAGAGUGUCAUCGCUGAGGACAACAUGACUGAGAGGAGGACCAUCCAUCUGUCCAACACCAGCACCAUGUCAGAGGUGUGUGUGGUGGGAGAGGAGAUCGCCAUUGAUGUCUACAGGACUGUUCCCAGAAGGGCGGAAUUCUUCGAUGUCCGCGGAACCAUCAACAUCGAUGUCUUCAUGGUCUACAACUCCAGAACCAUCCAGAAACCGGCAAAGGGAGAAAAAUGGCCGAUCGAUAAGGGGGUUCGAGUUCAUAUUUCACCCAACGAGCCCAGCCGACACCUGAACGACGGCAAGGUGAAGGUCUCCUAUUACGUUUCUCAGGGGUCGGAGCCUGUGAGUAGCAUCGUUCUGUAUGUGACAAGUGUGGCUAUUUCCCUGGAUGUGGAUGUGAAUCGGAUUGGCUUUGUGAGCCGAGGAAUGAAAAACAAGGACACCUGGACUUGGGGGCCCAAUGGGAGAGGAGCCAUUCUGCUGGUAAACUGCGACUGCGACCGGAACAGCUCAGGGCUGCCAGACAAUGAAGACAGUGAAGGAACCCCCAAUGCAGCCGACGUGAAGGACAUGUCCCCGAUGUUCCUGGCAGCUGAGGGCCCGGAUGAGAUAUUUGAUGACUACAGAGUGAGCCUGGAAAUAGAGUCAGGUGACUCCAGAAGACUGCGAGUAUAUCGCCAGGGAAAAUUCCAGUUCAAACACGUCCUGGGGAUGGGAAAACUGGCCUACGAGGUCCAACGCAAGAACAGAGAUGAGGUGAAAUUCUACGUGGAGGGGCUCCAGUUCCCGGACACGGAAUUUUCUGGACUUGUUUAUGUCAAAGUCAAACUGCAGAGGACUCAGGAUUUGGCUGAAAUCUUCUCGGAGAGAGUGGUAUUCAGAGUGGCCCCGUGGAUCAUGACGCCGAACACCCAGAAGCCGAUGGAAGUCUACGUCUCCAACGUGGACACCAAUGAAGACUUCAUCAAACUGCUGAAAGAAUUUGUCAGAAAGUCCCGGUCGAGGCUCAUUGUCUGCACUGAGAACCGUGGGGACCGCUGGAUGCAGGACGAAAUGGAGUUUGGCUACACCGAGGCCCCUCACAAGUGCUUUCCAGUCGUUCUUGACUCACCGAGAGACCGGGGACUCAAAGAUUUCCCUCAAAAGAAAGUUCUGGGACCGGAUUUUGGUUAUGUGACGCGGAAAGCAAACCCUGAUGAGAUCGGCACCCUGGACGCUUUUGGAAAUUUGGAAGUCAGCCCUCCUGUUACAGUCAAUGGGAAGCCUUACCCUCUGGGAAGGAUCCUCUAUGGUGGCAGCCUGAAUGAUCCAAAGUUGCAGAUGAACAAAACCAUUACAGAUUUCUUGAAGGGUCAGCAGGUGCAAUCGCCGGUCCAUCUGUACUCCACCUGGCUGUUUGUGAGCCACAUCGACGAAUUCAUGAGUUUUGUGCCAGCUGCAGAUAAGAGGGGUUUCCGUCUCGUCCUGGCGAGUCCCAGAGUGUGUCUGGACCUGUUCAGAGAGAAGCAGAAAGAAGGCUUUGGAGGCGCCAUCAUGUUUGAAGGAGUGGACAAAGACAAACUAACGAUAGACGAAAUCCUGGAGGACGAGUCGCUGAAGGAAUCUUCUCAGUUUUGCCAGGAGUGCAUUGAUAUAAACAGGAAGAUAAUGAAGGAGAAACUGGGGCUAAUCGAAGCCGACAUCAUUGAUAUCCCAAUACUCUACAAAUGCGACGUUCCCAAGAAGGAUGCCGAGUCGCUAUUCCCCGAUAUGGUCAACAUGCUGGUCCUUGGAAACCAGCUUGGAAUUCCUAAGCCAUUCGGCCCGAAGAUUAAUGGGAAAUGCUGCUUAGAGGAGAAAGUCCAGUCUCUGCUGGAACCACUGGGACUGACCUGCCACUUCCUGGACGACUUUGCCUCUUACCACACGUACUUGGGAGAGAUCCACUGCGGCACCAACGUGGUCAGGAAACCGUUCAACUUAAAGUGGUGGCACUGCGAGCCAUAAACCCCCUUCAGCCUGAGAUGCAACUUGACGCAGCGUCCGCCAACAAGUCGACAGAAUUGCAAUGUGGAAGACGCACGGAAACUCAAUGCAACCCAACAAAACCGUAAAAGAACCUUUUAUCUUCAAUUUGGCGACCUCUACAAGGUCAUGUGGUCUGUAGAUCAAGAACCGGAUCUGCAAUGUAUACACACUUUUACACAGUGACUUGAUGCUUGGUGCCUACUUUGUGCUGGAAACAGGAAGUUCGAAGGGUCACAUGAAGCCCAACGACGUGUUAUUACAGAGAAAGACGUGAAUCAAGGCUAGGCCUCCAACAUCACAGUUACUUUGGCAAGUUGAGACAAACAACAAAAGGAUAUACAAAAAGUUUCAAAUCACCGAUCACACAAUGGCGUCAUUUUUUUUUUAGCAGAGCUGCGAAGUAUCCAUAAUUUGCUGCCUCUACGGAGCUUAACCAACUUGAAUGAUUACCUGUGUUAUUUAUAAGAUUGGUGGGAGUUUCUUGUCCCACCAAAAUGUAGAUUUUUGCAUUUGUAUCUUUAGUAAAUCUAAUCAAAACCUUA